AUGGCCUCAAAAGAUGCAUCGAUCCUACCCGCAGACAUCAUAGAGUCUCAAUUGGCUACAAUUGAUCUCAUAGCGGCGAUGUACCCAUCUCCCGGGGAGCUGGAAAUCCCUGAAUCCACAACAGAGUGCAUCGAAAGGCUGCGCGAUUGGUGCCAGGAACCUACCUCCACACCACCUAAGAUUCCUACCAGUAUAUCUCUCACUGUGUGUCUACCAAUUGCAGAUGAAUAUAAGACAAUACAAGUCAACAUUUCGGUGCCGCUGCAAUCUGAAGGUCAACAGUCAAUCGACCAACCCCCACCAUUGGGAUAUUCCCUUCGCCAACCGGACUGGAUGUCCAAAGCUGAAGUAGCAGAACUGGCCGCCUCAAUGCCAAAAGAUGACGCACUAGAAGCUUUCGAAUAUAUCCAAACGGAAUCCGCCCGCUUUCUUGAAACCAAGCAAAGCCAAGCUACGGCUUUGGAGGGACCCAACACAAAAUCCGGCCCACUUGUGAGAGUGUGGUUCUACUUCCCCUCUUUAUCCACUCGGAAAAAGAGAGACGACAUGGUCAAUCUCGCACCGGGGUAUUCUCUGACGGGAUUUGUGCUUGCCGGAAAACCGGGGGUAUUAUGUCUCGAGGGUCUGUCAGUGGAUAUCGAUGCUUAUAUGAGCUUCAUCAAGACUCAUUCUUGGGGGGAUAUUCCGAGUCAUCAAAAAAAAGUCAGUGAGCGGUUUCGGGAGACGGAGGGUGUUCAAAGGGUUUUUCCGGGGAUGGAAGAGAUUACGGACUCGUUGGGGGAACGAGGUGGGCAACGGGCUAAUCGAGGGGAUAUGCAAGCGUUGGAGGCUUGGUUGGGGAAUAAAGGGUUGCAAGAGGCGUUUGAAAAGGUGAUAUUCUAG